AUGGAGGCAGCGAGGCUGGUCCUGGGGCUGCAGGUCCUGCUCCUGCUGGGGGCAGGCAGAGGGGCGGGGGCAUCGGAGACCGAGAAGAGCCUCCUCAAAGUGCUCUUCAAUUCGUACAACGCCAAGGUGCGCCCGGCGAAGACGGCGGACGGGAAGGUGACGGUGAGGGUGGGGAUGACCCUCUCCCAACUGAUCAGUGUGAAUGAAAAGGAUGAGGAAAUGACAACAAAUGUCUUCAUGAACAUGGCCUGGUCAGACUACCGGCUGCAGUGGAACCCCUCCGACUACGACGGGAUCAAAGUUCUCCGCAUUCCCUCCUCCAAAGUCUGGCUCCCCGACAUCGUCCUGCUCAACAAUAACGAUGGGAAGUUCAACGUGGCCCUCUAUGUCAACGUGUUGGUCCAACACACAGGCACCGUCAGCUGGCUCCCGCCCGCCAUCUAUCGCAGUUCCUGCAGCAUCAGGGUGAAGUACUUCCCCUUCGACUGGCAGAACUGCACCAUGGUCUUCAAGUCGUACACCUACGACACAUCCGAGGUCACCCUGCGGCACGCGCUGGACGACACGGGUGAGCGGGAGAUCAAGGAGGUCAUCAUCGACAAGAACGCCUUCACCGAGAACGGGGAGUGGCAGAUCCGGCACAAACCUUCGCGCAAGAACACGCUGAGCCACGACCCGAGCUACGAGGACAUCACCUUCUACCUGAUCAUCCAGCGCAAACCUCUGUUUUACACCGUCAACAUCAUCAUCCCCUGCAUCCUCAUCAGCAUCCUGGCCAUCCUCGUCUUCUACCUCCCUCCUGACGCAGGUGAGAAGAUGACCCUGUCCAUCUCGGUGCUCCUGGCCCUCACCGUCUUCCUGCUGCUAUUGGCCGACAAGGUUCCCGAGACGUCGCUGGGCGUCCCCAUCAUCGUCAAGUACCUGAUGUUCACCAUGAUCCUGGUCACCUUCUCCGUCAUCCUGAGUGUGGUCGUCCUCAACCUGCACCACCGCUCGCCCAACACCCACGCCAUGCCCGACUGGGUUCGACAGAUCUUCAUCCAGACCCUCCCUCGCUACCUCUGGAUCCAGAGGCCGAAGGCAGAAGCUUCCCUCAACGAGAAGCCCAUGAUCCUGAGCAGGGCCGCUGAUGAGUAUUUCAUCCGCAAGCCGACCAUGGACUUUGUCUGCCCAAAGGAAAACAACAGGAUGGCCCAGCAGCCAGACCGCCUCUUCUCGGAGGUGAAUUGGUACCUGAACGGGGUGACCCAGCAAAUGGCCCUGCCUGCUGAUCUCAAGGCAGCGGUGGACGCCAUCAAGUACAUCGCCAAGGAACUGGAGGCCCAAGAGGAAUACGAUGAGUUGAGGGAGGACUGGCAGUACGUGGCGAUGGUCGUUGACCGCCUCUUCCUCUUUGUCUUCAUCAGCUUCACCUCCAUCGGAACGUUCAGCAUCUUCCUGGACGCCAGCUACAACAUACCCCCCGCCGACCCGUUCUUUGACCCCUUCUCCUGA